AUGAAUCUGUUCAUAUUACAGCAAGAAAGUUAUCGUAAGAGGUUGCAAGAACUUGAUGAUGAGGAAACUGAAGAUAAUAAACUAAUCGAAACUUUGAUGCUUGUACAUACGGGCCAAAUACCAAGAGUUACAAAGCCCAGAAAUUUGAAGUAUGGAAUUUCUCCAUAUGUCUGUUUCAUGAUCAACGGCCAUCAGUGCACUCAUGGAUAUUAUCUUGAGGAUGGUAUCUACCCAAAACGGUCCAUCUUGGUCCAAUGCUACCGUCAGCCUCCUGCUGGUGCAUUGGGCCUUUCAUACCGGCAUUUUAACGAUGCCCAAAUGGCACUCAGGAAGGAUGUGGAACGCGCUUUUGGAAUUUUGAGGAGGAAGUUCCCUAUCAUUUAUGGCCCAUAUCGUGGGUUAAGUCCUCGUGAAAUGCAUAAGGCUAUGCUCACUUGCAUAAUUCUUCAUAACAUGGUAAUUCAGGUAACCCGUCGUGAUUCCGAUUGGAUUAACUAUGAAUAUGAAGAUUUGAGGCUGGAGAUUGGACCAGAAAGAGGCCGCCCUGCAAGGGAUUAUCGUCAAAUGACUAACUACAUUCAGAAACAAAAUUUGUAUGACCAAUUAAGAGAUGAUCUGAGAUUGAAUCUUUUGGCAGAGCAUGGAAGACAAUGA